UUGAUCAGGCACUGCAAUGGCACUCCUAUAUCAAGUUUACAAGAGUCUGCGUCAGGACCCCAACAUUCUCUUUCCGCCGUACCCGCCAUCUUGCGAGCAACCGGGGUAAUCAGGCAUCAUGACGAACACAAGAGGCAAGAGGAGGGGAACUAGGUAUAUGUUCGCCCGUCCCUUCCGUAAGCAUGGACCCGUUCCUCUGUCUACGUACAUGCGCAUCUACAAGAAGGGAGAUAUCGUUGAUAUCAAGGGCACAGGUACCAUCCAAAAGGGGAUGCCUCAUAAGUGUUACCAUGGCAAAACAGGCCGUGUCUACAAUGUGACCCAGCAUGCUGUCGGCAUCAUCGUCAACAAGCAGGUCAAGGGCAAGAUCCUGGCCAAGAGGAUCAACGUGCGUAUCGAGCACAUCAAGCACUCGAAGAGCAGGGACAGCUUCCUGCAGCGCGUCAAGGAGAACGAGGCGCUGAAGAUCGCCGCCAAGCAGCAGGGCACAUGGGUCGAGCUCAAGCGUCAGCCUGCCGCUCCCCGUCCCGCCCACUUCAUCAGCACCAAGAACAACCAGCCGCAGCUCCUGGAGCCCAUCCCCUACGAGUUCAUGGCAUAAAGUGCUGAACACAAUAAAAUGUUUAUACACAACA